UUUAAUGAGGGUCGGUUUAGUAUUCAAUGCCGCUACCAACAGCCAGCAGACCCAUUUAAUGGAUAAUGAGAAAGCUGGAAUUAGAUCAAAUAUACUUUUUUUUCUUUUCUUUUUGUGUCUCUUUAUUCUUUUCUUUUUUAUUAUUUUUUUUCUCAAUGGCUUUGUAGCUGAAUCUCAAGAAGAAGAAGAAGAAGAAGGAGGGAAGAAAAUUGUGUUGGCUGUCGGUUUGCCAACCAAUAAGUUGAACUGAGGCUCUUUCUGCAUGGGAUAAUUCUCUUAAACCUAAUAUUUACUCGGUCAAAUUAUUAGUCAAAUAUUUCAGCUUCAAAACGUUAAGAUGAGAAAUGCAGCAAAUCACACAAUGAUGGAGAUAGAAGCAAGCAAACCCGCAGGAAAUGGAAUGCUAGUAGCAGCAUUGAGUCCUCUAAGCGAGACGCUUUGGAGAGAAAAAACCAACACAGAAUUGGUAGGAGAUGUGUCUGCCAGGCUUACAUGGAAGGAUCUGACUGUGAUGGUUACACUCAGCAACGGGGAGACACAAAAUGUUCUGGAAGGACUUACUGGGUAUGCUGAACCAGGCAGCCUUACUGCACUCAUGGGUCCAUCUGGCUCCGGAAAAUCCACUCUCCUUGAUGCUCUAUCUAGUCGCCUUGCUGCCAAUGCUUUUCUUUCUGGGACCAUCCUACUUAAUGGUCGGAAAACCAAGCUCUCUUUUGGAACUGCGGCCUAUGUAACACAAGAUGACAAUUUGAUCGGUACUCUAACUGUGAGGGAAACAAUCUCGUAUUCAGCUAGACUGCGUCUCCCUGAUAAGAUGCCUUGGUCAGAGAAGCGGGCGCUGGUUGAGAGUACUAUUAUCGAGAUGGGUCUUCAAGACUGUGCAGAUACAGUAAUUGGAAACUGGCAUUUGCGCGGUAUCAGUGGAGGUGAGAAGAGAAGGGUCAGCAUUGCUCUUGAAAUCCUUAUGAGGCCUAGAUUGCUCUUUCUUGAUGAACCAACCAGUGGACUUGACAGUGCUUCGGCUUUCUUUGUGACUCAGACCUUACGUGGUCUAUCUAGAGAUGGAAGGACUGUCAUAGCUUCAAUUCACCAGCCUAGCAGCGAAGUCUUUGAGCUUUUUGAUAGAUUGUACUUGCUUUCAGGAGGCAAAACUGUUUAUUUUGGUCAGGCUUCAGAGGCAUACGAGUUCUUUGCACAAGCUGGCUUUCCCUGUCCUGCUUUGAGGAACCCGUCUGACCAUUUUCUGAGAUGCAUCAAUUCUGACUUUGACAAAGUAAAGGCUACUUUGAAAGGUUCCAUGAAACUGCGGUUUGAGUCAAGCGAGGAUCCUCUGGAGAAGAUAACUACGGCUGAAGCCAUACGAACUCUAGUUAACUACUACCGCACUUCUCAGUACUAUUAUGCUGCAAGAGAGAAAGUUGAGGAGAUAUCCAAAGUUAAAGGAACUGUGCUAGAUUCAGGAGGAAGUCAGGCUAGUUUCUUGAUGCAGGCCUUUACUCUAACCAAGCGUUCAUUCGUCAAUAUGUCAAGGGACUUUGGAUACUACUGGCUUAGGCUUGUAAUAUACAUUGUCGUCACCGUGUGUAUUGGAACUAUCUACUUGAAUGUGGGGACUGGUUACAAUUCAAUUCUGGCGAGAGGUUCAUGUGCCUCCUUUGUAUUUGGCUUCGUCACUUUUAUGUCAAUUGGUGGGUUUCCUUCGUUUGUGGAAGAUAUGAAGGUAUUCCAAAGAGAAAGGCUGAAUGGCCACUAUGGUGUGACCGCCUUUGUGAUUAGCAACACAAUCUCUGCAAUGCCAUUCCUGAUAAUGAUCACUUUCAUCUCUGGAACUAUUUGUUACUUCAUGGUCCGCCUUCAUCCAGGUUUCGAGCAUUAUUUAUUUUUCGUAUUGUGCCUUUAUGCAAGUGUUACUGUUGUUGAGAGCUUGAUGAUGGCCAUAGCUAGCAUUGUCCCUAACUUCCUCAUGGGUAUCAUAAUUGGAGCUGGAAUUCAGGGAAUAUUCAUGCUAGUGUCGGGGUAUUUUAGGCUUCCAAAUGACAUACCAAAGCCUGUUUGGCGUUAUCCAAUGUCCUACAUUAGCUUCCACUUCUGGGCUCUACAGGGGCAAUAUCAAAAUGAUCUGAGAGGAUUAUUGUUC